CUUUCUUCAAAUUUAAGCCACUAGACAUACAUGUUCGGGCGAAGCUAUGAGGCCAGGCCCAUUAAGCCUGCUGGCCCAAUUUAGUAGGCGGGCCCACAACUUCGAGCUUUAAUGGGCUUCUAGGGCUGCCUUUACCGGACAGGCGGAUCCCUUUUUUUGUCCUACUAUAAAUAACAAUCGAGGAAAUUUGUUACACGUUGAUUUGGCUGCUAGGGUUUACGUUUUUCUCAAGCUCAUCUGCUCUCCAGGCCGACAAGAUGACCAAGAGAACCAAGAAGGCUGGUAUUGUCGGAAAAUAUGGUACCCGUUACGGGGCUAGUCUGCGAAAGCAGAUCAAGAAGAUGGAAGUCAGUCAGCAUAGCAAAUACUUCUGCGAGUUUUGUGGGAAGUACGCAGUGAAGAGAAAGGCUGUGGGAAUUUGGGGAUGCAAAGAUUGUGGCAAAGUUAAAGCCGGAGGUGCUUACACACUCAACACUGCUAGUGCUGUGACUGUGAGGAGCACCAUUCGAAGGCUGAGAGAGCAGACUGAGAGUUGAAGUUGCAUUUGAUUUUCAACUUUUUUCGUAUUUAUGUAUGAAUUUGGAUGUAUUUUGAAACCAGAGGAGAUAAUUUUUAUUUUGAUUAGUUACAUAGGGGAUGCUGAGUUGAGCAAAGCUAAUUUUGGCAGUUGUUGAGCAGAUUUAUUAUGUUCCCUUAAUUUUGAAUUCAGCAACAUGUUUGCAUUAUGACUAUGAAGUUGAUGCUAUAAUUUCUCA